AUGUCUGAAGAGGAGCUCUCGCGUGAGUUAUAAUCAAUUCUCGAAUUGCCAAACGCGCUAGUUUUAUUUCAGAGCACUUAGUGGAUGUGCUUCGUGUGACUGAGGAGUGUCUUGAUCGAGGCCGGUUCUCUUUCAAGUACAUCUCGGAUCAUCUCGACGCGAUAUCUGAAGUUGGAGCUAUUAUACAAACGCUAGAUCCGUACGAGAAUGUUUUCACGAUCGAAGUUGUGGAUGCAUUGAAAUACGUGUUGAAAGAGGUUUGUCAGCUCACGGUCUCCAGAGCUGACAAUAAGCGCAAGUACGCCCCGCCUAAUAGAGCGAUACAUUGGCGCGAAAUUCAAAUUUUAACAGCAAAAUUUGUGUUUUUUGACAUAUUAGCCACGAAAAACCGAUAAUUUCUCAUUUGUCUCUCGAUAGACCGAUUGUAUAGGCUAUUACGAAUUUUUUAAGCGCAAGAGCGUUAAAUUUGGUCAAGUCGGAAAUCACAUUUAUCCGUUUGAAGGUUUUUGGCUAAAACUGCGUGAAUUUCAGUUGCUUUUCGGUAGUUUUCGCGGUUCGAGCGCUCAAAAUUCUUGUAUUUACGUGAUUUAUCAUUCUCAAAACCAAUUCCGUCUGAAAACAGUCAAGAAAGCGCAAAAUGAGAAGUGCGGUUUUUAGGCGGCGAUCGGCGGCGAAGGCGAAAAAGCGAAAUCCGCGAAAAAUGCGCCAAAACGUCAUUAAUUCUGAGAAUUUGUGUGUUUUCAUGUCGAACAUGCAUUUUUUAUCGCCGUUGACCACAAAAAUCAGAGAAAACGUGCUCAAUUCAUGAAAACGCCAUUUGGCGGCCGAGGCCACGCCCAUAUUGUCAGCUCUGGAGACCGUGCGCGCAGCUUCUUUUCCUAACAUUCUGCUACGUCACAAGGUAUUUGAAGCUCUUCGAGUUCAUGCAACUCCAUUGCGACGAUCUGAUCGCGUUCAAAGAGGACUCUAAUGAAUACACGGUUCGUCGGCGAAUCUGUAAAACUCUGAAAGUGUCAAAGUGCGUUUCAGGAAAUCGCUGAAACCGCUAUGAACUUGCUCGAGAAGAUGAUCACGAGCCUUUCCACACCGGGAGAAAUCAACGAGCAGUUUGUGGCUGUCUGUGAAGAAACUUCUCCAGCGGAAUAUGGAAAAGUAAGGUGCCACUAGUCACGUAAGCCUAAUCAAAUUUCUUGAGAAACUUCUGGACCUUCUCGAAAGCGACGAGGAAAAUCCGUUGAACGUGGCAUUUGCCGAAGACCCGGAGAUGACAUUGGAGUUUAUCAAGUGGGAGAACAUUAUCAAUGGCGUGUUGGCUCAAUUUGUGCGAACUUUCAGCUCUAAUUCCACGUUUUCAUGUUAGUUUUUUAGCUUUUCAUCGAGGCCUACGCAAGUGGACUUGUCAAGUACGGAGAUACGGAGGAGACGAACGAUUUGAACGCGAGAAUUGGGGAGUUUAAGGAGAAAUGGGAUGCGGAGAGGGGUUAUGCUGAAGGAGAAGAGGGGCAAAGUGAAGAAGAAGAAGAAGAAGAAGAAGAAGAGGGAGAUGGUGAUGAUCAGCAACGUGGUCAACACGAUGAAGAAGAAGAACAAGAAGAGGAACAAGAAGGGGAUCAAGAAGACAAAGUUGAGGAGGAAGAAGAGAGUGAAGAAGAGAACGAAGAUCAGCAAUAA